AUGGAGAGAGAAAUCAGGAGUCAAAGUAUAGCCUCUCAAGAGACGAGUCGGAUGGCGUUCAUAUCGGGUCGGAUCCACAAACCCGGCCCACACAAAGAACCAUUCUCAAGCCCUAACGAGGAAGAUGGAGCCCCGUUUCAAGAUUAUGCCUAUGAAGGAGACAACGUGCCCGGCCAAACCAAAAUCGACGAUAUCGACAAUGAAGUUCUCGAAUCUAAAGAAUUCAACCGAGAAGAGGUCAAUGUACUAUCACUACAGAGCGGCGUACGACCAGACUAUACAUACAAGCCCUUCGAGUACCAUCUUAGCUCGAUAUCCCCAAAGGAAAUCAAUUUCAGCAUAAUCUCCUCUGAGAACACGCGCGUAAUUUGUUCACUUGUGAUUGCAAUCCUCGUGGUCUUGUCUCACGUCAAUCUCCCACAUAAUGUGGUCGAGUCCAAUAGCCUCAUAGCCUAUCGGCCUUUGUACGCGCUUUUGUUGACCGACAUGUUGAUAGUGGCCGCACGAUUGGCACUUUACUCGGAAGGUAAAGAGGUUGACGAUAAAGAUGCGAAAUUCGAAGGACUUGGUGGCCAUAAUGAUAACAAUAAGAAGAAAAAUAUUGGUGAUAAUAAUUGGGAUGGGGCCGUCAAGCUGCUCGAGUGGGGACUCGUUCUGCAUCAAACUGUUCGUGCUGUGUUUAUCGAUUGUAGUUUUUAUGUUGCGGUAGUCGUUUGUGGGCUUUAUAUAGUGUAAGUAUGUGUUGGUUUGUAUGUAUGGUCAACCAUUUGAUUUUGUUUUGAAGUUUGG